CAUGCCCCCUAUGCCCCCUGUACCCGUGCAAGUUUCACAGAAGGAUCUACCGCGUGCUCUCGCCGUCCUGGUAUUGGGUUAUGCUGCUGUGUCGUGGCUAGUGCUCCAGCUGGAUGGUUAUUUUGCUGCUGACGAACAGGACGAGAACUUCAGCUUCCCCAAAGUAGGGGCCUUCGUCGCGCUCUACACGGUGAUGAUGGCAAUCUCCCGCUUCUACGAGCACGGCACCUACAUCUUGUAUGAGCUGCUGUGGGCAUGCAAUGCAUCGCUCGUGCUGGUGGUCAUGGCGCUCUAUUUCUCCAAACCCUUCCUAGUCGGCGUAGCGAUGGUGACAGUGUCAGGAGACCAGCUACUCUGGUACAUCGACACUCUUUCAUUCAUUCUUAACGGCAAGUUCAUUACGGGCGCCAUGAAAUACCUCACGUAUCUGGAGAAUCGCUCGUUCUCCAAGACAUUCUUCGCAACCCAUCACCUGUGGUUUCUACCCGUGUGUCUAUACAUCACUACCGGUCACGGUGGUAUGCACGGCUCGAGCUUCAUUGGCUCUUGUACCUUGACCACUUUCCUGGCUGCGUUCUGCCGUGCUUUGACGCCAUUUGAAGUGCGUGUGCCCGGCAGCGAGCACGUUAUCUACCUCAACGUGAACGGUGGCUAUGCGUUCUGGAAGGAUAUCAACAUCCCUUUGCUUCAUGUACUGGAUUACCACCAUCCGAUGCUGUAUCUUCCGUACCUUGCAAUCGUAGGAAACUUCGUCGCCAACGGAUUCCCGCACAUGUUGGUCCUUGGUGUGGCACUGGGACUCCAGUUUAACCCGCUACUCGAGGGAAUAACUCACUAAAACAAUAACCAACGUCGAAUAGAAAAUGCACAUUGAA